AGGCGUCUGACUCGCUUCCAGCCGGCACAUUGUUGCUCUGACACGCUGUUGCGUCGUCCUGGUUUGGUCGGUCUUACCAGUUUCUCGCGUCUGUGCUUAAACAAAUUCUGAAGGAAUCUUAACGUCAAAUCACGGCACGAAAUAAAUGUCAUUCAAACUGUCAGUGUAAUUUAGAAAGAAGAAGAAGAAGCGUUCGAAUCCAACAGUUCAAGCACAAUAUUUGAAGAAAGUGCGGGAGACAGCGGCGAGACUGGACACACUACAACAAACAAUUUCUUCCCGGACUGCUCUUGAUUCAAACAGACAAUCAAAAGUUUCCCCCUGCUAUCACCAUGAGCAUGUGCAGCAGCAAGGCCCUGACACUGCUGAGCAGCCUCUUUGCAAUCAGCAGCCUGGGGCUGCUGGGAGUGGCGGUCAGUACCGACUACUGGCUGUACCUGGAGGAGGGUGUCAUCAUGCCUCUGAACCAGAGCACUGACAUCAAGACUUCGUUGCAUUCAGGCCUCUGGAGAGUCUGCUUCCUUGUUGGUGAGGAGUCUGGUCGCUGCUUCACCAUCGCGUAUAUUAUGCCUAUGAAUGUGCAGCUGACGUCUGAGUCCACUGUAAACAUGCUCAAGAUGAUUCGCUCCGCCACUCCAUUUCCGCUGGUCAGCCUCCUCUUCAUGUUCAUUGGCUUCAUCCUAAGUAACAUUGGGCAUGUUCGGCCUCACCGCACCAUCCUGGCAUUUGUCUCUGGGAUUUUCUUCAUCCUCUCAGGUCUGGCUCUGGUGGUGGGUCUGGUGCUGUACAUCUCCAGUAUAAAUGAUGAAAUGCUGAACACGACCAAGAGCAGAGACUCUUAUGUUAGCUACGAGUACGGCUGGUCCUUUGCCUUCGCUGCUAUCUCCUUCCUACUCACUGAGAGUGCCGGUGUCAUGUCUGUCUACCUCUUCAUGAAGCGUUACACAGCAGAGGAGAUCUACCAGCCUCGACACCCCGGCUUCUACCACCCCCGCCUCAGUGACUGCUCUGACCACUCAGGUCAGUUCCUCCACCCGAAGGCCUGGUCACGCGGGCGAAGUCCAUCAGACGUCUCCAGCGACACUUCACUCCAUUUGAGCACCAGCUACCCCACUCUCCUCAAAUACCCAGACUAUGAUCAAGUCUCCUCUUCACCCUGCUGAGGGGGUCACAGAGGUCACCAUGGAUGACCUGCUGAGGACAGAGUUUUCUUUCAAGAAAAAGAAAUAUAUACAAGUUAGAUAUUUAACUGUGACUUUCAUGUUUUCUAGGGGGGAAAAUAUGUGCAGCUGAGGCCUGUUGACUCUGAAAAUAAGUCCUGCUGAGCCACCUGUUGCUGUUUUAGGGUCAGAGAUGCUUUGUGGGAGUUUGUAAUCCUAGUGGAAUCAGCUUUUUUUCAAGGCUGGGACAAGGUUUCAAAAAAGUACAGGACUAACAUGUUUGUCUCAGAAAUAAAAAGCUGGAGAAAAGCA